AUGCAUCGAAGGCACACAACCCUUCGGGAGAAAGGCCGGAGACAGGCUAUCCGAGGCCCAGCCUACAUGUUUAACGAAAAGGGCACCAGCCUGACCGUGGAGGAAGAACGCUUCCUGGAUUCUGCGGAAUAUGGCAACAUCCCCGUGGUGCGGAAAAUGCUGGAGGAGUCCAAAACCUUGAACUUUAAUUGCGUUGAUUACAUGGGACAAAAUGCCUUGCAGCUAGCAGUGGGGAAUGAGCAUUUGGAAGUGACUGAACUCCUUCUGAAAAAGGAGAAUCUGGCUCGAGUUGGAGAUGCGCUGCUGUUGGCCAUCAGUAAGGGAUACGUGCGCAUUGUGGAAGCAAUAUUGAACCAUCCAGCCUUUGCGCAAGGGCAGCGUCUCACACUAAGCCCCCUUGAGCAGGAACUACGCGAUGAUGAUUUUUAUGCUUAUGAUGAAGAUGGAACUCGGUUUUCUCAUGACAUCACCCCCAUAAUACUCGCUGCUCAUUGCCAAGAGUAUGAAAUUGUUCAUAUCUUGCUUCUGAAAGGGGCACGGAUAGAAAGGCCCCAUGACUACUUCUGCAAGUGCAAUGAAUGUGCCGAGAAGCAGAGGAAAGAUUCCUUCAGUCACUCUCGAUCGAGAAUGAAUGCCUACAAAGGAUUAGCAAGUGCCGCUUAUUUGGCUCUUUCUAGUGAAGACCCCGUUCUUACUGCUUUAGAACUAAGCAAUGAAUUGGCAAGACUAGCCAACAUUGAAACUGAAUUUAAGAAUGAUUACAGGAAGUUAUCUAUGCAAUGCAAGGAUUUUGUUGUGGGUGUACUGGAUCUCUGCAGGGAUACAGAAGAAGUGGAGGCUAUUCUGAAUGGAGAUGUGAACAUAAAAGUGUGGCCUGAGCAUCCCCGCCCAAGCCUGAGCAGAAUUAAACUUGCCAUUAAAUAUGAGGUCAAAAAGUUUGUUGCUCAUCCCAACUGUCAGCAGCAACUGCUCACCAUGUGGUAUGAAAAUCUCUCAGGCUUACGUCAGCAGUCUAUAGCUGUGAAAUUCUUGGCUGUCUUUGGAGUCUCGGUAGGCCUUCCUUUCCUCGCCAUAGCAUACUGGAUCGCUCCCUGCAGCAAGCUGGGACGGAUCCUCCGAAGCCCUUUCAUGAAGUUUGUGGCACAUGCAGUUUCUUUUACAAUCUUCCUUGGACUGUUAGUAGUGAAUGCCUCAGACCGGUUUGAAGGAGUGAAAAAUCUUCCCAAUGAGACCAUCACGGAUCAUCCCAAACAAAUAUUUAGAGUAAAAACUACUCAGUUCUCAUGGACAGAAUUGCUAAUCAUGAAGUGGGUUUUAGGUAUGAUAUGGUCAGAAUGCAAAGAAAUCUGGGAAGAGGGUCCACGCGAAUAUGUCAUGCAUCUUUGGAACCUGCUGGAUUUUGGGAUGCUAUCUAUCUUUGUGGCAUCGUUCACUGCAAGGUUCAUGGCUUUUCUCAAAGCAACUGAAGCACAACAGUAUGUAGACCAGUACGUUCAGGAUGAUGACCUCAAUAAUGUCACCCUUCCCCCUGAAAUUGCUUACUUUACUUAUGCCAGGAACAAGUGGCUUCCCUCGGACCCUCAGAUCAUAUCAGAAGGACUAUAUGCAAUAGCUGUGGUACUCAGCUUCUCCCGCAUUGCUUACAUUCUUCCAGCCAAUGAAAGCUUUGGCCCUCUUCAGAUCUCUUUGGGAAGGACUGUGAAGGAUAUCUUCAAAUUCAUGGUCAUCUUCAUCAUGGUGUUUGUUGCCUUCAUGAUUGGAAUGUUCAACCUUUACUCUUACUACCUUGGUGCAAAAUAUAACCCAGCAUUUACAACGGUAGAAGAAAGUUUUAAAACCUUAUUCUGGUCAAUAUUUGGCUUGUCUGAAGUGAUAUCAGUGGUGCUGAAGUAUGAUCAUAAGUUCAUUGAGAAUAUUGGAUAUGUACUCUAUGGAGUUUAUAAUGUUACCAUGGUGGUGGUGCUGCUCAAUAUGUUAAUAGCCAUGAUCAACAACUCCUAUCAGGAAAUUGAGGAGGAUGCAGAUGUGGAGUGGAAAUUUGCUCGUGCCAAGCUCUGGUUAUCAUACUUUGAUGAAGGAAGGACUCUGCCUGCUCCUUUUAAUCUAGUGCCAAGCCCUAAAUCAUUUUAUUAUCUCAUAAUGAGAAUAAAAAUGUGCCUCAUAAAACUCUGCAAAUCUAAGGCCAAAAACUGUGAAAAUGAUCUUGAGAUGGGUAUGCUGAAUUCCAAGCUACGGAAAAUUCGUUUUCAGUCAAGCGCUCGAAAUUCAGAAAAUUUUACUGUGAAGAAGGCUUAUAACAAGCCCGCGAGAUAUCAGGUGGCAACAUGUCUUCCAUCUGGAUUGAACUACCUUGGCCAUCUCCAGCAUACAAAAAUAAUGAAGCGUCUUAUUAAGCGAUAUGUCCUGAAGGCUCAGGUUGAUCGAGAGAAUGAUGAAGUCAAUGAAGGAGAACUUAAAGAGAUUAAGCAAGAUAUUUCCAGUCUCCGCUACGAGCUUCUAGAAGAAAAGUCAGAAGCUACUGGAGAGUUAGCAAGACUAAUACAGCAGCUGAGUGACAAGUUUGGGAAGAACUUAAAUAAGGACAUUUGAUGGUGAACAAAGAGAAAGACAACUAGUUUUCUAAACAUUAUUUGAUAUUUCAACCAGCAUUUUAAGGGAGCAAAAACAGUGCAAGA